UCGAGGAACUUUUUUUGGCGCUGUUUUCUCUUCUUCCUGUCAGCAACUUUAGCUCUCGUAGAUAGUAAUACUCACAAGCAGCCUGAUGGAAGUCGCUCCAGCAUGUGUGCUCCUGCUGUGCAGCCUGCGCGUCUCUCUGGCGGCUGAUUGGGAGUCGGUGGACACUCAUCUGACCAACCGCGGUGAUGUAAUCGACUACAAAGAUCCCUGUAAAGCUGCUGCCUUUAUGGGAGACAUCGCCCUUGAUGAAGAUGACCUCCGCAUGUUCAAAGAAGCCCACAGCAGGGAUGGUGCACAGCACCGCGUCCACAUCAACCUCACAGACUCAGUAAACAGUUCUUCUUCCAAUGAGAGCGUCAGAGACGAGAGAGCUGCAGGCAGACGGAGUCUCCGUCGCAGGAGGAGAGCCGCCACCUCCAGACCUGAGCGAGUGUGGCCGGAUGGCAUCAUCCCGUAUGUGAUCAGUGGGAAUUUCACUGGCAGUCAGAGAGCUAUUUUCCGUCAGGCGAUGCGCCACUGGGAGAAACACACUUGCGUAACAUUCACUGAGAGGACGACUGAAGAAAGCUACAUUGUGUUCACCUACCGACCUUGUGGGUGUUGCUCCUACGUGGGGAGGAGAGGUAGCGGCCCUCAGGCCAUCUCCAUCGGAAAGAACUGUGAUAAGUUUGGCAUUGUGGUUCAUGAACUCGGCCACGUGAUCGGCUUCUGGCACGAACACACACGCACGGACCGAGACGAGCAUGUAAGCAUCAUCAGAGACAACAUCCAACCAGGACAGGAGUAUAACUUCCUGAAGAUGGAGCCAGGCGAGGUCGACUCUCUCGGGGAGGUGUACGACUUUGGCAGCAUCAUGCAUUACGCAAGGAAUACAUUUUCCAGAGGCAUCUUCUUGGACACAAUCUUGCCCCGUUAUGAUGUCAAUGGAGUCCGGCCACCUAUUGGACAGAGGACCCGGCUGAGCAAAGGCGACAUUGCGCAAGCCCGCAAACUCUACAAGUGUGCAAGGUGUGGGGACAGCCUGCAGGAAAGUGCUGGAAACUUCUCUUUUCCCGGUUAUCCAAACGGCUACUCAGCCUACGCUCACUGCGUGUGGAGGAUUUAUGUCACUCCUGGAGAGAAGAUUGUUCUGAAUUUUACAUCCAUGGACCUCUUCAGGAGCCACUUGUGUUGGUACGACCAUGUGGAGGUCCGAGACGGGUUCGGGAGGAAAGCUCCUCUGAAAGGACGUUUUUGUGGAGACACACUUCCCGACCCAAUCAUCUCAACCGACAGCCGACUGUGGAUUGAAUUCAGAAGCAGCAGCAGUUGGCUGGGAAAAGGUUUCUCAGCUGUCUACGAAGCCAUCUGUGGGGGGGAGGUGAAGCGGGACAGCGGUCAGAUCCAGUCCCCCAAUUACCCCGAUGACUACCAGUCCAACAAAGUGUGUGUGUGGAAAAUCACAGUCGCAGAAGGUUUCGAUGUUGGCCUCUCCUUUCAGUCGUUUGAGAUUGAGCGUCAUGACAGCUGCGCCUACGACUACGUGGAGGUGAGGGACGGCGGCUCGGACAGCAGCCCGCUGCUCGGACGUUUCUGCGGCUACGAGAAACCCGAAGACAUCAAGAGCAGCUCCAACCAGCUCCGGCUGAAGUUUGUGUCUGACAGCUCGGUCAGCAAAGCUGGGUUUGCAGCCAGCUUUUUUAAAGAGAUGGAUGAGUGUUCCGGACCGAACAACGGCCACUGCGAGCAGCGCUGUCUGAACACGCUGGGCAGCUACAGAUGUGCAUGUGACCCCGGAUACGAGCUGGCUGCCGACAGACGCAGCUGUGAGACAGCUGCCUGUGGCGGGUUCAUCACCAAGCUGAAUGGCUCCCUCACCACGCCCGGGUGGCCCAAAGAAUACCCUCCCAACAAGAACUGCGUGUGGCAGCUGGUGGCACCCAUUCAGUACCGCAUCACUCUGGUGUUCGAUGUGUUCGAGACCGAAGGGAAUGAUGUGUGUAAAUAUGAUUAUGUGGAGGUGCGCAGUGGGUUGAGUUCGGACUCAGAGCUUCAUGGGAAGUUCUGUGGAGCGGAGAAGCCAGAGGUCAUCACCUCUCAACAAAACAACAUGAGGAUUGAGUUCAAGUCUGACAACACCGUCUCCAAGAAGGGCUUCAAGGCUCACUUCUUCUCCGAUAUAGACGAGUGCUCCAAAGAAAACGGAGGCUGCCAGCAUGAAUGUGUGAACACCUUCGGGAGCUACAGCUGUCAGUGUCGCAGCGGCUUCAUGCUGCACGAUAAUAAGCACGACUGCAAGGAAGCGGGCUGUGAUCAUGCGGUCAACACCGUGUCGGGCACAAUGAGCAGCCCCAACUGGCCUGAUAAGUAUCCCAGCAAGAAGGCCUGCACCUGGUCCCUGUCCACCACCCCGGGCCACCGCAUCAAACUCGUUUUCAACGAGAUCGACAUGGAGGCUCAUCUGGAGUGCACGUACGACCACCUGGAGAUCUUCGACGGGCGAGACUCGCGCGCCCCGAGCCUCGGGCUCUUCUGCGGCACCAAAAAGCCUUCGCCAGUCGUCUCCACAGGCAACAAAAUGUUCCUGCGCUUCUUCUCUGACAACUCGGUGCAGAAGAGAGGCUUUGAGGCUUCAUACCGAGCAGAAUGUGGAGGAAGCCUGAAAGCCGAGGUCAAGACAAAAGAUCUCUACUCUCACGCCCAGUUUGGAGAUAACAACUACCAGGGCGGCUCCGACUGUCUGUGGGUGAUCUCUGCUGAGAAGGGCUAUGGAGUGGAGCUCAUCUUCCAAGUGUUUGAGAUCGAGGAGGAGGCCGACUGCGGGUAUGACUACGUGGAGCUGUAUGACGGCGCUGACAUCAAGUCUCCGAGGCUGGGACGAUAUUGUGGAUCUGGGGCCCCAGAGGAAGUCUACUCAGCCGGAGACGCCAUCGUUUUAAAGUUUCACUCAGAUGACAGCAUCAAUAAAAAAGGCUUUCAUGCACGCUACACUAGCACAAAGUUCCAGGACACGCUACACGCAAGCAAGUGACUCUCCCCCGAACCUAAGUGGAGACAUUUGGUCGGACACACCCGUCUCCAGGCGAGGAGUGAAUGCAUGGAUUGCCACAAACAACAACAACCCGCAUACUUUACAUUCACAUCUGUUAGAUGGAGUGAAGCCAUGCAGAAUAAAUGCAUCUUUACUCUUUGUUUUAUAGCUCUAGGAUGAGAGACUCUUCGUCUCUCUAGUUUGCAGGGAUUAUUUUGAGUAAAUUCAGUGGCACCAUCUGUAUCGAGCUGAUUACGUCAUAGCACAGUGUUGAGAUAUAAAAUGUUUAUAUGAAAUAGUUUUCUUGUUUUUUAAUCAUGUCGUCACUUUUUACUGUCUGGGGUAAAAGUUUACUUCUAAUUAUUAAUAAUAAUACUACUACUACUACUAAUAAUAAUAAUAAUAAGAAUAAUACUAAUAGAGGACAAAAGCAAUAAUUCCCUUCUAUAUGCUCAUCAGUAAUGUUUUCUAUACUGGCUUUGAACAGCAACUUAAUAAUUGCUGACUUUAUUUCUUGACUGGCUCCAGUGAUGUAGACGUGUACUCUGGAGGGUGUCAGUACAUUGUGACAUCACGGUGGGUGUAACAGGUGGAUCUUACAGGGUGUGGCAACUUGAGAACUUUAAAUCAGAGAGGCGUUUUCUUUCCAGGCAGAAGGGAUUUCCCUGCACUUCCUUCCUUAGGUGUGAUCAUGUGACCUCUAGAUGGGGACAGUUACUCUUAAACUGUGCUAAAUAGUGCUUUAACAUCUACAACAUGUAAUCUAAUGACGGGCAUGUUAUAUUUAUUUUUGAGUUGGAGUAAGAGCAUGAGAGAAAUAAAAGUUUCAAGAAAU